CCACCAAACACAAUUGAAGUGUACUUAGAUUAUGCUUGUCCAUUCAGUGGCAAACUUUACAAAAAUUGGUAUGAUAACUUAUUCCCAUUAUUAGAAACCAAGUACAAGGGUAAAUUUCAAUUUAUCUUUAGAAACUAUGUUCAAGUUUGGCAUCCAACUUCCAAUUUAUUACAUGAAGCUAGUUUAGUAUUUGCUCAAUUGGAUCCUUCAAACUUUUUAAAAUUCAGCUAUGUUUUAUUUGAAUUGAUUGAAGAAUUUUAUGAUACUGCUACUGCUCAUUUAAGUAGAAAUGAGAUUUAUGAAAAAAUUUAUGAAUUGGCAGUUGCUCCACAUUUUUCAACCACUGUUGAUAAAUCAAAGUUCUUGAAAAGUUUAGUGAUUAAGAAAUCUGAAGACCAUCAUAGUAAUAGUGGUAAUAAAGCCACUAAUGAUUUGAAGUAUUUCACAAAAGUUGGAAGACAAAAUGGUAUUCAUGUUACACCAACUGUUUUGAUUAAUGGGUUCAAAGAUGGCUCAAUAGAAUCAUCUACUCCAAUUGAUCAAGUUCAAGAAAAACUA